CAAAACGCGAGAGAGAGAGAGAGAGAGAGAGAGAGAGACCGAAGGCGCGAGGAAAGCCUGGAGAGGAAGCAAGAGGAGCUAGGGUUUGGAUUUCUUCGUGGGGUUUUAAGGUGUUUAGCUUGAUCCAUUCACUGGAGGAUUCGGAGUGCGGCCAUGGGUGAUAAGCAGCCAUUGAUUUACAGCUUCGUGGCAAAGGGCAGUGUGGUGCUUGCUGAGCACACGCCCUACUCUGGAAAUUUCAGUACCAUUGCAAUCCAAACCUUGCAGAAGCUACCAGCAAAUAGUAAAAAGUUUACUUUUUCAUGUGAUGGCCACACUUUCAAUUAUCUUGUGGAUAAGGGAUUCGUGUUCCUUGUUGUGGCUGAUGAGGUAAGUGGGAGGAGUGUCCCGUUUGUGUUCCUAGAGCGAGUGCGAGAUGAUUUCAUGCAGCGGUAUGGAGCAAGCAUUGAUGCUGCAGGAUCUCACCCACUUGAUGAUGAUGACGAUGAUGAUUUGUUUGAUGAUAGAUUUGGCAUUGCUUACCAGCUUGAUAGAGAAUUCGGGCCAAGGCUCAAAGAACACAUGCAGUACUGUGUUAGUCAUCCUGAAGAAAUGAGUAAGCUGUCUAAGUUGAAGGCUCAAAUUACAGAGGUCAAGGGAAUAAUGAUGGACAACAUUGAGAAGGCUCUUGAUCGAGGUGAGAAGAUUGAACUUCUGGUUGACAAGACUGAAAACCUGCAGUUUCAGGCAGACAGCUUCCAGAGGCAAGGGAGGCAACUUCGUCGGAAAAUGUGGCUUCAAAACCUGCAAUUUAAACUGAUGGUGACCGGGGCUGCCAUUCUGGUUUUACUUAUCAUGUGGUUGAUGGCCUGCAAAGGUUUCAAGUGUUGAUAGGCAUUAUAAAUGAUUCUUGUUAUAUUGUUGUAUUUGCUUUGAAUCUCUAUUUUGCAAUGGAUGAUGCCCUGUGUAUACUGCAAUGAAAGAUAAUUCUCUGUAGUUUGUUAUGAACAUCUAUGUACUUUGUGCUUUUAAAUUUGUCAAUUAAGAGACUAGCCUUUCCAUUGUUGAACAGAA